UGAAGCUUAAUGCAUGACUACGAGUUCUGAAAUGUGAAAAACCUGUUUUGUUUUGUUUUGUUUGUUCUGUUUUUGUUUUGCCAGUGGGCCGGCAUCCCUGCUUUAAAUUCUCCUGUUAUAGCAAAGUCUUCACAAGUGAGAUCGAGGAAAGAACAGCCAGGGUGACGGAAGUUUGGUCCAAGACACACUACAAGGAUGAAAGGCUACAUUUUUCUUGUGGUCAACUUGGCAGUUUCCUUGACACUCUCCCUAAACCUGAAUGGACCUGAUGGACCAGAGAUAGUGGAAAUUGGUGAAGACAAGGACAUUACAGAUGUAAACAAGGAUUCAUUACAUGAUGACAUUCUUGAGCCACCACAGAGGAGUGCUACCAAUGAAGCUGACAGACUGUGGAGGCCCCCAGUCCCAUAUGUUUUGGAAAAAGACCUUGAGAUGAACGCUAAAGGAGUGAUCCUGAGAGCCUUUGAUCAGUUCAGGUUGAAAUCCUGCAUUGACUUCAGACCAAGAGGCUCUGAUGAAUAUUACCUUUCUGUCCAAAAGUUAGGCGGAUGUUUCUCAUAUAUUGGACGUAUAUUCACCGGUGGACAGGAUCUCUCCAUCGGCAAAUACUGUGAUGCAAUUUCUACUGUUGAACAUGAGUUUCUCCAUGCUCUUGGCUUCUACCAUGAACAGUCCAGAUAUGACAGAGAUGAUCAUGUGACCAUUGCACUUGAGAACGUCCAAAAAGGUAAGGAAUAUAAUUUCAGAAAAGUUAGCAAAGAAAGCAGCACAGCAGGGGGAGUCCCGUACGACUACUCAUCUGUGAUGCACUAUAGUAAAAAUGCAUUCAGCAAUGGCAACGGGUCUACAGUUAUCACCAAAGACCCAAAAUUCCAGGAUGUGAUUGGUCAAAGACUGGAAGUGAGUCCCAGUGAUAUCCGAGAGCUCAACCUUCGCUACAAAUGCAACUCAACCAUUGCAUUUAAGAUGUACUGUGGCUUCUCUAAGGAGAACAUGUGCCACAUGACCCGGUGUUCACAGAGUAGCAGUGACUGGAAAAUGGUAACACGUGUUGAUGGGGGUCCUAGCUCUGAUCACACCAGUCUACCCAGUGGCAAUAGUGGUCAAGGCCAAGAUGCAGGUUUCUUCAUGCAUGCUAGCACAGCAUCAGGUGAGGAGGGAGACUCAGCCUGGCUGGAGACCCACAGGAUGAGCCCCAGUAGAGACUGUCAUGUCCAGUGUCUCCAGUUCUACUAUUACCACAGUGGGAACGAGUCCGACAAACUUAACAUCUGGAUCAGGGAGUUUCAAGAUGAGAAUGACUUGAAAGGAACCCGCCGUCUCAUGGGACAAAUCACUGGUUCACCAACAUCUCACUGGCAGCUCCAGCAUGUUUCCCUGAAUGCCAUCAAGCACUUCCAGGUGGAGUUUGAGGCUCGUAAAGGAGCAGGAAGCUCUUCAGGCGGCUUCUCUAUCGAUGACAUAAAUCUGUCCGAGAUCGAGUGUCCACAUGUAACCUUGCAGAUUAAUGACUUUGAGAGGGUUUUGAACACUAGCAAAUUUGGACACGCUAUAUACAGCCCGCGGCAGUACUCCAGCGGGGGGUAUGCUUACCGGGUAGCGUUAGUUCUGUACCGGACAUAUAUCGGACUGUUUGUGCAGCUCUUGUCUGGUAAAUAUGAUGACAAGCUGGAGUGGCCUUGCCCACAAAGGCAGGUGACUUUCCAAAUGCUGGAUCAGACACCCAACAUCCAGCUGCACAUGUCGAAGCAAAAGAGUAUCACCACUGACCCAAACCUAGUCAGCUCUGAUGGUACCUAUCGUUGGGACAAUCCUCGUGAGAUUGGAAAAACAGUCUUAGAUGAGAAUAAUGAGAAGGUCUUUGCCGGACCUUUGAUUGGCAGAACCUAUUUUACGUCUCUGAAAGAAAUGAAAUCCAGAGACUUCCUCAAGGGAGGGAGCGCCAUUUUUGUCUUCAGCUUCCAAGAUCUCACUCCCCUAGUUAAUGGAAGCGCUCUGCCAUGUCCUAAAGUGGCACCAGCGAUGAUUGUACAUCCCCCUAAAGAUCUGGAUAAUGGCCCAUGUUCAUCACGGAUCUUAACCACCGCCCUUCCACCUCCUCAGACAACAGACGACAACAGCAUUUUUGGCUUCUCUCCUGCUAUGGUGGCCUCUCCUGUCCUCACCCUCCUCCUAGCACUGAUGCUUUUGAUACCAUGAUGUCUCCUCUCAUCCACAUCUCACCUCAGCACAUGGACAAGAGCGGCAAAUCAGCCACUGGCUGAGUGAUUCAGCUGAAUAAUUCAGACAGUGGCUAAUUUUCCCUUUAAAUAUAUUUGUUGUUGUUUUCCAGGUUAUAUAAGCUAAUGAAAAGAGAAAGCUGCAGUAAGUACUGAACAGUUGGAUAUAUAGGUUUACUGUGUGUAUGAAAUUCAGAGAAGAAGAAAUGCCUGCAUUACAGUCAUUUGCUUUUGGUGGUGGGAUCAUACUUUUGUUAUAUUGUCAUUUAUGGAUUAUUCUUGAAAAUAUGUUCACUACUUUUAGGGAUUUCAUGCAAUAUUGUAUUUCUUGGAAGCCAAUAAAAACUCAAGCAAAUGAUUUUUGUGUCUACAGUCACUAAACAAAUACUGAAAUGAUUAUAAGUAUAUUUAAUACAUAUUUUUCAUUUCAGAACCUAUUAUCAUGGAUAUGUAUUAAACAUAUUAAUUGUCUUGUUAAACAAUUUUUAUACAGCUGACAGCAGAGUUAAAUAAAUAUAGAGGCUGUUACCACAUAUGAUUCUGGGUAUGAACAAUCUUAAAAACUUAUUGUUGCUCCAAUGGCAGACUUGCAGUAAAGUAAUGGGUUUGUCCCUCAAUGGCUAGAAAAACUUAAAUCAUGUCAAUGAAAUACCCCUCCACCUGGGACCACAUUUGGAGUCUAUAAUGCUCACAACCAGAAGAGCCUCACAUUACAUCAAUUGCACUGAAUCAUCCAAUAAUAUUUCUCUUUUCAUCUCUUUAACACACUUCCCACUGUAGACCUGCAAACUAAAGAGGUCCUGCGAGCCUUUGAUCAGUUAAGAUUGAAGUCAUGCAUUGACUUCAAACCCAGGGAAUCUGAGGCUUAUUACAUUUCUGACCAAACGUUAGACAGGUACUGUCCAACCAACAGCAUGACAGUGUUUUUCCACCAUAUACGACUAUCCUGGUAGUUUUUUAAAAUAAAUUUGUGAAUUAAAAUUCCUGCCUGGUUUUGCCAAAUUAGUCGUUGCAAAAACUAUUGUGCUUAUAGCUUUAUAUAUUCCAUUUUUUACAUAAUGUUUAAUUAAAAAUAUUUCGCCCCCACUGUUCUUGAACAUAGCACUUGCCAGUUCACUAGCUCAUCCUUAACUAUCAGUCAGGAACAGGAAUAUUGAAAAGAUGUCAGUGGUACUAAUUUACA